AUGCCGAUAGAGAAACGGAAGUCGCAUUCUACACGUUACCGUGCUUCCCUUGCUCAGAACAUCGCUAAGAACGGUUUUGUCGUUAUGCCUUGCUCUUACGUUACGAAGCCUGCGUUCGUCGAGGUCGUUCUUACGAUGGCUCUGGCAUACCGCUUUCUUCCUGAGCAGCGUCGUAUCAAGGAUGCUAAACGUCGUGCCGAACUUGAGCUAGAUAAAUCUCAACGCCGUCUGGAAGAAGCCUAGCGCGAGUUGUCCGAAAAGCUUACACGGCUCCGGCAUCUUCAUCAGCAGAAGGAGUUUUUGGUGGAGAAAGGUGCCGACAUGGUGGCGCGUAGUCUAUCGACCUUAGACGAGUUAGAGGAGGUUAAGCGGCAAGAGAUACCUGCUAUACCCUCGUCACAGAUUAAUGAUACUGUCGAUGCUGUCGACUAGGGCGCCGUCUUUGGUUCUGUCCCGGGUUUUCCUUUGGUCGAUCCGGAUUCUGCCGGUAGAACUGUUCUAGUUUCUCAGGGCAGUUCAAAUUCUUGACUAGUUCCUAUGAGUUAUCCUCUGGUCCAAAAUCAAGCCAUUUGACCAGGU